GACAUGGAGUCCUAAGAAAGAAAAUCUCUGCAAUAAUUGCUUUAUAAAAUGUAUGAGAGAGAGAAAUGAGAGGAUUCCUAAUCCUGGUAAACAGUUUAGCUAUAUUGUUGUGAAGGAUUCCUGUCUUCGUGAUGAGAAAGGCAGGUUAAUACCGUAUAGAGUUGGGGAUUAUAUGGAAUAUCCAUCGAACAUAGCAAAAGAGCAAAACAUGAAAAAUAGAUAUCAAUUAUUAUUUAGGCACUACAGUUGCAAUAUCAAGGAUCCAGAUGUGAGAGAAAAGAAGAUUAACAAAUACUCCCAGGAUGAGGCU